UCUGAACGCGAUCGUUUCGUUUUGUUUGUCUACCUGAUAUUUUCCUUAUGUCUGAAGCGAAGCCUAUUCUGUACUAUGACGAUCGCAGCCCUCCGGUUCGCAGUUGUUUGAUCCUAAUUAAGUUGCUGGCGGUUGACGUUGAGCUCCGUUUCGUGGAUCUCUUUAAGGGGGAUCAGUUUGAGAAAGAUUUCAUAGCCUUGAAUCCACAGCACUCUGUGCCCGUGCUGGUCCAUGGCGAUUUGGUGCUGACCGACAGCCAUGCCAUACUCAUCCAUCUGGCGGAGAAGUUCGAUGCCGCUGGCACACUCUGGCCCAGAGAGCACGAUGCCCGCAUGCAGGUGCUGAAUCGGCUGCUCUUCGAGUGUUCCUUCCUGUUCCGCCGGGACAGCGAUUUCAUGUCGGAAAUUGCUCGAAAGGGAUUUGCCAACGUGGAUGUGGCCCAUCACGAACGAAAGCUGACCGAGGCGUUCGGCAUCAUGGAGCAGUAUCUGGAGGCGCACGAUUACAUGGCAGGCGAACAGCUGACACUCGCCGACAUAUCCAUUGUGACCACACUGAGCACGGUGCAGCUCAUGUUUCGCCUGACACGAUGGCCGCGGCUGGAGCGCUGGUUUGCCGCAAUGCAACAGCUGGACGCCUAUGCGGCGAACUGCAGGGGAUUGGAAAAGCUGCGUCAGACCAUGGAGCGGAUCGGCGACUUCCAGUUCCCCCCCGCACCCAACUCCCGCACAGCUGCGGACUAGAAAUUAAUGACUAUUAAAACCGCGUGGGUCAGAUUAAGCCCAUGGCAGGUCGUUCGGGGUGUGUACUCGUAA